AUGGGGCUGAAGCGUCUCAACGUCAUUGCGGCUGUUGCAAAUAACGGUGGUAUUGGAAAGGAGAAUAAGCUGCCAUGGAAAAUUCGGGAGGACAUGACUUUUUUUAGUAGGAUAACAUCAACGGCCCAAGAAGGCAAAAAGAAUGCAGUGAUUCUUGGGAGGAGGACGUGGCUUUCUUUUCCACCAAAGUUUCGUCCCCUACCAAGUCGAAUCAACGUGGUUGUGUCCACACAACUCGAAUCAGUACCCGAAGGUACUCAUCUUGUCAAAUCAUUUGAAGAUUCUUUGCAUCUGCUUGAAUCUCUCAUCGACAGUGGCCAAGUAGACGAGGUCUUUAUCAUUGGAGGUCAUGGCUUAUACAAGGAGGCACUGGAACAGGAGGUAUAUCCUGUUCGUCUCUACUAUACACACAUUAUGAAGGAUUUCGAUUGUGACACCUUCUUUCCUUCUGUUGAUUGGGAGCGAUUCAAACCCAUUCAGUUGGAUACGGUGGAUUCGGACCUGAGGCACUCCGGAGAUAUCGAAUUCCGAUUCGCUGUCUACGAGAAACAGCCGCAUCCCCUUAAUGAUCAUUAA